AAUCUGUGGAGAGGAGCCUCUACUCAAAGCUGGAGACUUACUCUGAUUACAAUCAGUAAUGGCUAUGAAGAUGCAGCUCGAAGCAAAUGCAGAUGCUUCAGUUGAUGAAGAAAGCUUUGGACCACAGCCUAUUUCACGGUUGGAGCAAUGUGGCAUAAAUGCCAAUGAUGUGAAGAAAUUGGAAGAAGCUGGCUUCCACACCGUGGAGGCUGUGGCCUAUGCACCUAAGAAGGAGCUCAUAAAUAUUAAGGGGAUUAGUGAGGCCAAAGCUGAUAAGAUUCUGGCUGAGGCAGCUAAAUUAGUUCCGAUGGGUUUUACCACUGCAACUGAAUUCCACCAGAGGCGGUCAGAGAUCAUCCAGAUUACUACUGGCUCCAAAGAGCUUGACAAACUACUUCAAGGUGGAAUUGAGACUGGAUCUAUCACAGAGAUGUUUGGAGAGUUCCGAACUGGGAAGACCCAGAUCUGUCACACGCUGGCAGUCACUUGUCAGCUUCCCAUUGACCGUGGUGGAGGUGAAGGAAAGGCCAUGUAUAUUGACACGGAAGGUACCUUUAGGCCAGAACGACUGCUAGCAGUGGCUGAGAGAUAUGGUCUCUCUGGCAGUGAUGUCCUGGAUAACGUAGCAUACGCCCGCGGGUUCAACACAGACCACCAGACACAGCUCCUUUAUCAAGCGUCGGCCAUGAUGGUGGAAUCUAGGUAUGCAUUGCUUAUUGUAGACAGUGCCACCGCCCUGUAUAGAACAGACUACUCAGGUCGAGGAGAGCUCUCAGCCAGGCAGAUGCACUUGGCCAGGUUUCUGAGGAUGCUUCUGCGACUUGCUGAUGAGUUUGGUGUAGCAGUCGUAAUCACCAACCAGGUAGUAGCCCAAGUGGAUGGAGCAGCCAUGUUUGCUGCUGAUCCCAAGAAACCUAUUGGAGGAAACAUCAUCGCCCAUGCAUCAACAACCAGAUUGUACCUGAGGAAAGGAAGAGGGGAAACCAGAAUCUGCAAAAUCUACGACUCUCCCUGUCUUCCUGAAGCUGAAGCUAUGUUUGCCAUCAAUGCGGACGGAGUAGGAGAUGCCAAAGACUGAGUCACCACUUUAUUUCUGCGAUGAACUUUAGUACUGCGCAGCCUGAGAGAGGCUCUCCGGUGCGCCUCACACCGCUUCUUGUUGGACUGUCAACACUUGCCUUCUGGGAAAACAGCUAUUGUAUCUGGUUUUCUGAUGGUGUAAACAGACAGGUUAGUACUCGACCUGAUGUUUUCUUCCUUCUUUGUAAUUUCUUGGGAUUAUUUACCUUUGACAUAGCGUACCAACUACACAAAAGAUUGUGAAAUAAGAAGUAAGAAUUUCUCCAGCACCAAAGCUAAGGAGAGCUGGCUCUACUUUGACUUCUGAAUAAUAGUAAAAUAAAAUGUCUUCCCGAGGCUCUAAA